UGACUACAUUCCUCAGUGCCACAGAAUCACUGCAAUAGUAACUUCUGGCAUAUUGUUUAGGAAUGGUCUAGUUAAAAUUAAUCUCUAGACAAAAAUAACCACGGUUUAGCCCUAAUGCCUAAUGUGGGUAUUGAAUUGAAGAUUGAAAAUAGCGAAUUUGUAGCAUGUACAUGUAUUCUCAUCAAUACUGUACAGCUAUGACAACAGUACUCUGGACACUGUGUUCUUUGUUGGUCUCCUAGGAGGAAGCUGAUCGAGUGGAGGAGAUUGUGAUGAAGACCCUCGAGACAGUAGCCAUGGAAGGUUUCCAUGAGGACAGAGUGAGGUCAGUGCUACAUCAGGUAGAGCUGAGCGUCAAACACCAGAGCAGUAGCUUUGGUCUUGGACUCAUCACUUCUGUGAUGUCACCAUGGAUACGUAUACACGGAGGUGAUUCAAUCAGUAUGACCAAGAUCAAUGAACACGUUGAGAGGUUUAAGGAGAACUUGAAGACAGCGGGCUACUUGCAGGAGAAAAUCAAGCAACACUAUCUUAACAACAACCAUCGUCUCACAUUGAUCAUGUCCCCACAAGCUGAGUAUGAGGAGCAGCUGGGGGCAGAGGAACGGCAGAAGUUAUAAAACUCCCGAUAGUUUAAAAUGUUCUAUCAUUAGACAGAUCCAUUGAGAAGGCUACAAGAGUUGAGUCUUCUAUAAUAUUUGUAGCAACUUAUUUUCACAGCAUAAUUAUCUCGUGCGUGCGCAGCGCACAGCAAGGGUACAGUGAUUGGUGUGUGUGCAUGUGUAACUUCUCAUCUGUCCUCUCGUGUCACACCCCUGAAAUCGAUUCAUACCCCUUCCUUGAAA